AUGAAAAAACGGAAUGGCUUUAUCUCACAAAAAAAGAAUAUUGAGGAAGAAAUUACCAUCAACAAGAAGAAAUUUGGUUUAACCCAAGAACCAACAGAGGAGGCAAGUCAUUGGAUCCAAAGUGUUCAAAAGAUAGAAGAGCAGAACAACAAUAUCAUUGACUUGUUGAAAGAAUUUACUGUACAUAAAUCAUCUCUCUCUCAAUAUGAUUCCUCCAUUCAAAGAUACAAAGAUGAGAUUAGAAGUUUGAUUCAAAACAUUCAGACCAUUCAAGAAGAAAGAAAGAAAUUAGAUUCUACUUUGGAUGAAUCCAAACAAAUCCAACAACUUGUUGCAGAUCAGGAAUAUCUGUUUGAAAAUGUUGAAAAGCAACUUGAUGUCAUUAAGUCUCUCUGUGCUGAUGAUGGAACCUUUAAAAAGCUAUUUGGUGAUUGUUAUUCAAAAUUACUUCAAGAGAAGAGAAACUUUGAACAAGUCAGAAAUCAAAGACUCACAAUGGACUCACAGCAACAAAAUUAUAUAAAAUCCAACACAAUACUAGAUGCAAAAACACAAGAAACAAUUGAAGAAUUGAAGAGAGAAUAUGGUGACGAAUUUACUCUGAUUCAUAAAGUUAUUCAACAAUUAGACUUCCAAGAAAUUAAUUAUGAGAUGGUUUAUCAGAAACAGGAAUAUGAAAACAGAAACAAAUAUUUGGAAGAAAAAAACAAAGGAUUAGAAGAAACAAAUCAAAGGUUGAACAAGAAGAUAACAAAGCUCUAUGAAAAGAUAAAUCAGUUAGAAGCAAAAAUAACAAAUACAUUGCAAAAGAAUGAAGUUUCUACCAUAGUCAACGAAGCCAUAUCAGUUUUAGAAGAGAAGCAAGCAUCAUUCCAAAGUGUGUUGGAAAGAGAUUCAAAUUACUUCAGAAAUCAAGCCGAAAUAGACCACAUGCGUGUGUCUUAUGAAACGGAGCUUUCUAAAAAGGAAAGAGAAAUUUAUGAACUCAAAGAGACCAUUGAACAAUUGAAAAAGCAGGGCCGAAGCGAUUCCCACGAUCAAAUGUUCACCAAGUUGGAUGAUAUUUCAGAAGAAGAAAUUCAGGAGUUGAAGUCUCAAAACGACAAACUUAAAGCUGAGGUUCAAUCACUACUCAACAUUCUGCACCAAACACGUCAAGAAAAAAAGGAAGACAGAGAAAAAAUGUUGUCACAGCUUGAUGAAAUCAACAAAAUGAACAAGGCUCAAAUUAAUUGCUUCAUGAUCAGUAACAAAACUCUCAUUUCCAAUAUGGCAUCCUCGCAAAAUCUGAUGAUUGAGAUGCAAAAUGAAAUGGCGGAUUUGUAUAAAAAGUUAGAGAAUUAUUUUUUGGCAGUCUCUGAAAAAGACCAAACCAUUGAUAAUUUGCGACAACAAGUUGAAAGAUACAAACAAGAAAGCAUGAAGUUGCAAUUCUCUCUUGCUCAUUCCAUUACAAAAGAAAUGAAGUGGAAAAAACAGCUGGAAGAGGAAAAACAAUACAACUUGAAGUUGGAACAAUUAAGAAAACGAAAAUCUCAAAGAAUAGUGCCUCAACGAUUUUCAAUUAAUGACUUUUCAUCCCCUGCAUUUGCAGCUGCGGUAAUGUCUGAACAUUUACAUCAGGAUGAAGUUCAAGAUAAAGAAGAUACUCAGACAAUAGCAACUCCUCCACAACCACAAGUCCCUCCACCAAGACCUGUCACCAUGGCAUUUGAUAAUACAGAUCUAAUUGUAUCUGAUGAAAUUGACGAGUAUGUUGAUCUUGGGGAUGUUUCAAGAAAGAAGAAUCCUGGCAAUGAGGAAAAACGAAAAACCAUUAGUUUCUUUAAUCCUAUUUUCGCUCCAAAUAGCAAACAAGAUUUAAAUAUUCUUGAUGAAAUGAGACAAAAAUUCAACAGGAGAAAAUAA